UGAUAUCCAUAUGCUGAUACGUUCUCAAACUUGUAGUUUAGUACAAACUGACCUCUAAAAAAUAUUAGCCAUUAAAUUAAAUUACUAGUAUGAAAUAAUAGAUACAUAAAAUUAUAUAACAGACAUAAUAUUCAACUAGGUGAAUUUAUAGAAAUAAUUUUAUUUUUUAUAAAAAAAAUAUAAGCUUUAUGAAGUGGUGAAAAGUGUGUGUAAAUAAAGUGAAUACAAUGUUUGAAAAUAAUAAAAUUGUUGUAGUACCCAUUUUAUUAUUAUUUGCAAUUGGUGCGGAAGGAAAGAUUUUUGAUCUAAAUGACACGGAGUACAGAAAAAUGCCACCAUUGUUCACCAUGGACGACCACCAUGACUGUAUGCUGGAGCCAGGAGGGACGUACUGCGUUGUAGACCUGGAACUGUUCUCUCACCGGGAGUCAGAGCUCAUGAAGAUGAUCCACGGUUACUCAGAAGUCACAAAGAAACACUAUAACCACACGCAACUGCACAGAGCCGUCUGCCUCACACAAACCUGCAAACACUUCAUCGGCCAACGAAACCUCAAAAAUGAAGAUGACAUUUCCAACAUCUUGGAAACUUGUCUCAACCAGACUAUAUGGAAGGAUUACAAGUUACAAGCAAGGGUUCUUGCUCUGAAAGAGUGUCAAAGGGAAGGAGAUACGGUGACUUAUGAUGCGAGUGACUAUACUUUGGUUGUAGUGCUCCUGGUUUUAAUUAUGCUGAAUUCCCUGGGGACUUUCUAUGAUGUCUUUAAGGGAGCUGAUACCAAGGGUAAUCCAUACUUGAUGUCUUUCUCCUUGUUGCGAAACUGCGGAAAGCUGGUAGCACCGAGCGGAGUUGGACCUGAGCCCAGGCUUAGACGCUUCAAGCUUUUCAACGGGCUUAGGACAAUGACCGUAGUAUGCGUACUCUUUUGUCACGUCACUUUCAUAAUGAACUAUGCGUUUGUCAAGAAUACCGCGUAUAUAGAGAGGGCAGGAGACGAUCCUUCUAAGCAGAUCCUGUUUAACGGCUCUAUAGUGGUGUCCACUUUCUUCGUGAUGUCCGGGUUCCUGCUGGCGUUCAACUUUGAGCUUCACGCGGAGAAGCAUCGCGUCAGCUGGCUGGAGUUGCCUAGAGGGAUGAUCUUGCGAUGGCUGAGGUUAACACCAGCGUAUGCUCUCAUCCUGGGUCUUGUCGCGACCGUGAUGAGGCGCCUGGGGACAGGUCCGCUCUGGAACCAGAUAGUCACAGUGGAGAGCGACGCUUGCCGGCAGUACUGGUGGGCCCAUCUGCUGUACAUCAACAACUACAUCUAUAAUGAUAACGAAUGCAUGCCGCAGACUUGGUAUUUAGCAGCUGACACACAGCUCUUCGCUCUAGGGCUGAUCUUCUGCAUAGUAGCGCGUACGCAGCGGUCACGCAAGAUUAUACUCGGCCUGAUGAUGGUUGUGUCCCUGCUGACUCCUGCGCUGCACACGUACUUUGAGGAUCUGGAUGCCACCGUGACUCAAGGACCAGAGAACGUGAAAAGUAUAUACAAAACCGAUAACGUGUUCAGACACGUGUACGUCGCAGCACACACGAACCUGGCCUCGUACACGCUGGGCAUGGGAGGCGGUCUGCUGGCGUACCACUGGCUCACUGAGGGGAAGGACUUCGAACACUUUAAAAAAUACCGUUACUUGCUCUGGCUAACGUUCCCCUUCGACACGCUGGUAAUCCUCUCCGGGGCCCUAUUCUACGGGGAAACGCGCGUUCCGCUCGUGUAUCGAGUGCUUUACGCCGCUUUCUACAAACCCGUCUUCCAGUUGCUGGUCGUCUUCUUUACCAUCUGUAUGAUAUUUAAGACUGAAAAGGUAUACCGCGGCAUAGUGGAGUGGCGAGGCUUCACUUGGACAGGUCGGGUAUCGUACGGCGCGUUUCUGGUACAUUCACUCUUCUUGCGGGGCUUCGCUGGCUCUUUCGUCCAGCCUGUGCAUCUCACUGAUUACUUUAUGUUUUUAAUUCUGUCCGCCACCAUCUUCAUGUCAUUCGCGGCGGCCGCCAUUUUGUGGCUUUGCGUAGAAGCGCCCGCCAAGGAGCUGAUCUCGGCAGCACUGAAACCUAGACCAAGAGUCCAGGAUACUAAGAUAUAGUUUAGAAAAAACAAAAAUUGUUUGGAGUUAUAAAAAAAAAAAGUGAUCGGUAUGAAGUUAAAUUAUUAAAUAUCUGAAUUUGUACAGUAUUAGAAUUAAAAAUAAGAAAUUCAAAACGAACGAACAGAGUAAUUUUAAUCGACAUGACAUGACAUGUAGAAGUAAUUCGGAACACUUGUCGAAUUAAAUAAAUAAAUAAAUAAAUAAAAAUAGUUUAUUGACAAUAUUAAUACAAUUUUCCAGGCAUCAUGUAUACGAGUGGAUCCCAAACUAUACCUCGGCCUCGUGUUUCAAUUUAGCACUUGUAACUAAUUUCUUCUUUUCCACACUUGUAUCAGAAUGCACUAUUAUUAUCAACCGCCUAAAAAACUAAGGCCGAUAGUCCACUAUCAUAUGCUUAUUAUAGAAAUAUGAUCAUAGGUCUGUAUGCCUCCCUUUUUCUCCAACGUUAAGAAAAAGAAUGGCAUGUUUCCUAUGAUCAUAUUCUAUGAUAAACAUAUGAUAGUGGACUAUCGGCCUAACUCCUAUUUGAACAGAAUAUAGUGAGAGCAAGUGAGAGAAUGACGAUGACGAGAUUAAGGCCGAUAGUCCACUAUGAUAUGUUUAUCAUAGAAAUAUGAUCAUAGGCU